AUGAGGUGCUUGAGCACGUUAACAUUCUUCGCCAUUGGGGCCACUGCCCAGGUGAUCGAAGGAACUAGCUUUGGCCAUGGAACAACACUGACCUCGCUGCCAGAAUUUCUCCCCAUCGAGACUCAAUUCCGGGUUGGAGCCUGGGGGGAGAGGGUCACAUACCAAUUCUUCUGCCUUCAGCUUUCGGACAAAGUUAUUCUCACGCCACCUUACCCUGGCAACACCCGUGGAUCCGCUUGGGCUCAGAACCCUGUAUCCCAGCAGGAAUGGUCGGCUGAAUUCCAAUUCCGAGCGAGUGGACCUGAACGAGCAGGUGGUAUCAUGCAGUUGUGGUACGCAAAAGAUGGGCAAACUCGAGUUGGCACGUCUAGCAUCUACACUGUCGGGCCAUUCGAUGGCUUUGCCCUUGUGGUUGAUACUCAUGGAGGCCGGGGCGGGAGCGUUCGCGGAUUCUUGAACGACGGGACGGUCGACUAUAAGAGCCAUCGAAGCGUCGACAGCCUCGCUUUCGGUCACUGCAACUAUGCGUACCGGAAUCUGGGCCGACCCAGCUCGAUUAAGGUCAAGCAUACCAACUCAGUCUUCGAGGUCACUGUUGAUGACAAGGUCUGUUUCUCGACCGGCAAGAUUAACUUGCCGACUGGAAAUACAUUCGGUCUCACUGCUGCCACCCCCGAGACGCCAGAUUCGUUCGAGGUCUUUAAAUUCAUCCUCACAUCUGGCUCCGGACAGGGACAGACCGCCCAAAGCCCUCAAGAUAGCACCCAGCAGCAACAGCAGCAUAUCGUUAAUCACAACCAAGUCCCAGUAGGUGGUGAUUCUAAGACGUCCGGGUCAGACAGUUCAAACGCCGCUCAAUUUGUUGAGCUUCACAGCCGCAUUCAACUUCAGAAUAAGGCAAUCAACAACAUCAUUCAGGAAAUGAAGGCCCAAGCUGGCAAGACCGAAGCACGCCACAACGAGGCCAUGCAAAAGCUGGUGGCAAAAGAGCAGAUCGCGACUCUCGACGCCCGUCUCCAGCGCAUCGAGUCUCUUCUGCAGAAUAUUCAGCGCGAUUUGGAGGGCAAAGACUACAGCGGUCGCUUCAAUCAACUUCAGGAUACGCUUCGAUCGUCGCACCUCAGUCUCACUGAGAAUCUUCAGAGUCACUUCAUUAGCGCCAUCACUGCUUCAACUCCUCGAAUGGGCUUCUUCAUCUUCCUGGUCAUUGCUUUUCAGGCUCUUCUGGCUACUGCAUAUGUGAUUUACAAGCGUCGUCGGGCGAACAUGCCCAAGAAAUUCCUCUGA